AUGACUUACAUUCACUUAUUCAUUUUAUUUCUACCUCUUUCAACUCACGCAACCCCCCUUCAUCUUACAGCCAGACAAGAUCCAGUCCCAACAGUCGCAAACAUUGCCAACGAGUACGGACAUAAUCCUUGUGCAUCACCCACGGACGUAGCACAAUCAUGGUUAUGUGAACAUCCUGAAAUUGCUACUGCUCCAGUGGACAGCGCCACGAUCAUUCCAGGUAAUUACGGUACGGUCAAUCCAAACACUGUGUCGUCCUCAGCCGCUUCUGCUCCUGUGACCUAUGAUGGUCCUUCUGAGCCAGUAGAGCCCACCACUUUCAUCAGUGAUAUAGCAUCAGUUGCCACGUCGUACUCGUCACCUGAUGCAGGUAGCAGUGCUGCGACUCGAACAGUCGGUGUUCAACCUACUCAAUCUACUACUCCUGUAUCUUCUGUACCUAUCGCACCAACCGAGGUACCUUAUCUUUCUUCGUCAGUCGUCGAAGAUGGAUAUACAGUCACAUCCAGUCAUCCAUCACAGAAUACAAUUCCUAACGAACCGUCAUCGACUAUAGCUGAACCGUCCUCUCCAGCUACGCAAUCCACAUCUUCAACGUCAAAUUCCAAUUCAACCACUUCUUCCCCAUCAGAAUGCGGAUGUGGAUACUCUUUCUCCGAAAACUUCAAUUCAGCUUAUUACCCUAAAGCCAAAAUCAUCGAUUUCUCUACAAUCGCCGAUGGAACCGAUGUGACAAAUUUGGGUUUCUCAGUCAGUAAUGGUGACAAAAUUGGUGCUAGCUCCAUGACAGAUCACUCGAUGAUUUGCGUGGGGUCAUCAGAGAACGUAUAUAUCGCGGGAGGCGUUUUGAAUAUCAAGGUUCCUGCUGGGCAAUUGAAAGGUGGUGAAAUAGUGUUUGAGGAGGCGGUUACCGGGGGAGUGUUUUCGAUGGAAGCUAAGAUCGAUAAGACCGAGGGUACAUGUCAAAGUCUUUUCGCAUAUACCAGAACUGAAGGCACGGCAGACGAGCUAGAUAUGGAGAUGUUAGGUAAAAACAUCUUCAAACCUGAUGAUAAUGGUGAUACAGGUAUUGGAUUGAGUAAUUAUGCACCGGACGGAUCAAAAGAUGGUGAACAUGCGGACUACACAUCAGAUCCUACAGCUGAUUUCAACAGAUACACUAUCGGCUGGUUCUCAGAUUCAAACAAGUUCUACUAUAACGAUCAACAGCUGAAGGGCCCCGAACCACACUUACCGGUAAACCCAUCUUCGAUCAUCAUCAAUAACUGGUCCAAUGGUGUUCCGACAUUCACCGCAGGUCCUCCAGCUGAAGACAACACCUUGCAAAUCCGUAAGAUCGAGUACUACUAUCAAACCGAAGAUCACUCGAUGUACCCCGCUCUGGCUUCUGGAUGCUCUGUUGAUAGUGCUUGUCAAGUCGUUUAG